AUGACUGAUAAUAACAGUGAUAAUGACAGUGAUAAUGACAGUGAUAAUAACAGUGAUAAUGACAGUGAUAAUGUACAUAAUAAUAACAGUGAUAAUGACACUGAUAAUGACACUGAUAAUGACACUGAUAAUGACACUGAUAAUAACAGUAAUAAUAACAGUGAUAAUGACACUGAUAAUGACACUGAUAAUGACACUGAUAAUGACACUGAUAAUGACACUGAUAAUGACACUGAUAAUGACACUGAUAAUGACAGUGAUAAUGACAGUGAUAAUGCAGUUCCUGAAAGCAAAAAAUGGGAGAAUCAGACGAACGGAACGCGAGCACAAGCACUCCUAGGAGAGUCCACCCAGGCGAGCACAAGCACUCCUAGGAGAGUUCACCCAGGCGAGCACAAGCACUCCAAGGAGAGUUCACCCAGGCGAGCACAAGCACACCUAGGAGAGUCCACCCAGGCGAGCACAAGCACUCCUAGGAGAGUCCACCCAGGCGAGCACAAGCACACCAAGGAGAGUCCACCCAGGCGAGCACAAGCACACCAAGGAGAGUCCACCCAGGCGAGCACAAGUACUCCUAGGAGAGUUCACCCAGGCGAGCACAAGCACUCCAAGGAGAGUUCACCCAGGCGAGCACAAGCACACCUAGGAGAGUCCACCCAGGCGAGCACAAGCACACCAAGGAGAGUCCACCCAGGCGAGCACAAGCACACCAAGGAGAGUCCACCCAGGCGAGCACAAGCACUCCUUGGAGAGUCCACCCAGGCGAGCACAAGCACACCAAGGAGAGUCCACCCAGGCGAGCACAAGCACACCAAGGAGAGUCCACCCAGGCGAGCACAAGCACACCAAGGAGAGUCCACCCAGGCGAGCACAAGCACUCCAAGGAGAGUUCACCCAGGCGAGCACAAGCACACCAAGGAGAGUCCACCCAGGCGAGCACAAGCACACCAAGGAGAGUCCACCCAGGCGAGCACAAGCACACCAAGGAGAGUCCACCCAGGCGAGCACAAGCACACCAAGGAGAGUCCACCCAGGCGAGCACAAGCACACCAAGGAGAGUCCACCCAGGCGAGCACAAGCACACCUAGGAGAGUCCACCCAGGCGAGCACAAGCACUCCUAG